AUGGCUUCUCCGGUGUCUCCUUACAGACCAUAUUUGGCUGUGCACGAGGCGUUGUUGAAUGGGGGAAAGGAUGAGCGACCGACUGCUUUGCAGGUCGUCGCGGACUGCAAUGCUUUGGGUUCGCUGAGAGGGCAGAGUGUGCUGAUUACGGGAUGCUCGGGUGGGAUCGGCAAGACGACCGCUGCGGCUCUGUAUGAGACUGGUGCAGCUCUGUACCUGACGGCGAGGGACUUGUCGAAGAUGGAGGAUGUCAUUGAGGAGAUCGUGCAGAAGUCUCCUUCGAAAGAGAAGGGGUUUCCAAGACCUGUCCCCAUCGAACUGCACCUGGAUUCUCUGGAGAGCGUGCGGUCCGCGGCGACCACGAUCAAGUCGAAAACCGAUAGUCUCCACCUCCUGAUCAACAACGCAGGCGUCGGCGGAGUCCCCCACGGCACCACGAAAGACGGCUUCGAAACGCACAUGGGCGUGAACCACUUCGCGCACUUCCUCCUCUUCCAACUCCUCCGCCCACUCCUACUCAAAGCCCACCAAACCACGCACCGCCCCUCCCGCAUCAUCAACGUCUCCUCAACCGCCCACUUCCUCUCCCAAAUCUCCUUCUCCGACCUCAACUGGCAGACCCGCUCGUACCAGAAAUUCCCUGCCUACGGCCAAUCCAAACUCGCCAACAUCUUCAUGACCACCGAACUCACGCGCCGCUACAGCUCGCAGGGCCUCCUCGGCCUCGCAGUCCACCCCGGCGGAAUCUUCGAAGGCUCCCAGCUGACGCGAUACAUGACCGAGGAGGACUCCGCGGGGUUCACGAAGGAGUCUAUGGAGAGGAUCCAGAAGGUUAAUAAGACCCCCGAGCAAGGGGCCGCGACAACGGUGUGGGCGGCUGUGAGUGGACGGUUUGAGGAUGUGGCGAAUGGGGGCAGGUAUUUGGGGGAUGUUGGGGAGAGUCCUUUGGCGAGCGACGACGAGGUUUUUGAGUAUACGGCGGCUUAUGCGGGGCAUGCUUUUGAUGAGGAGGGGGAGAGGAGGUUGUGGGAGGUUAGUUGUGAGGCUGUUGGGGUGGAUGGGGAUUUGUAG